GCUGGGGAGUUUCUGAGGAAGAAGUCCGAGUUUCGCAGCAAGGAGGUGGAGCCCAAGAACUUUUCGAGGUAUGUCAUCUUCGCAUCCCAAGGCUGUCCAUGGGCACACCGAUGCUGGAUCACUCUCAGCCUGAUGGACUUCCCUCUCAAGCACUACUUCACCCACUCUUUCAAGAUCGCCCUCCCAUUCAAGUACCUGCGUGGCAUCUGGGCUCCUCAGAACGACGGGGUUUGGCUAGGGAGGUUCUACCAGGUGUCGGAACCAAAGGUGACGGCUAGGGUUGUGGUUCCGAUCUUGUGGGACUUGAAGGACAAGAAGAUCGUCAACAACGACAGUGCGGACAUCGUUCAGGUCCUCGACAGAAACUUCUGUCCCUCUGAGAGGACGAGAGCUGUCGAGCUGUGCCCCAGCAGCAAGUCCAAAGAGAUCGAGGAGCUCAUCGCUGAGAUCUAUGUGAUCAACAACGGAGUCUACCGCUGCGGCUUCGCUGGCACCGAGGAACACAAACAAGCUGCUCGCGCGGAGGUCUACGAUGCGCUGGAGACGCUCGAGGCUCGCUUGGCCUCGAGCCCACACAAGUACCUGCUGGGAGAUGAGCUGACGCAGCCUGACAUUCACCUCUUCACCACCAUGAUCCGCUUUGACACUGCCUACUGCAUGGCAUUCCGGGUAGGCCGAAAGAGCCUCAACGACUUUGUGCACAUGAGGCGAUACAUCCGAUCCAUCUACGACCAGCCCAAGGUGAGGCGGACGUGC